AUGCCACAUGCAGACGCCGCAAACAUAGACUCAUAUAGACCAAAGCAAGAGGUUUAUGAUGAUAUUCUUACUAAUUUGGAUAGCUUAUUAACAGGACAAACGAAUUGGAUUAGUAAUUUAUCAAACACUGCAUCUAUUCUAUUCUGGACAUUGAAAGAAAUCAAUAAAAUUAAUUGGGCUGGCUUCUAUAUAUACAACAAAUCAACAAAGAUAUUAGAACUUGGUCCAUUCCAUGGUUUACCCGCCUGUCAAAUCAUUAAAGCUGAGUUGAACAAAGGUAUUUGUGCAGAUACUUUCUGUAAAUCACAGCCAAUUCUAGUACCAAAUGUGGAUGAAUAUCCUGGUAAACAUAUUGCAUGCGAUUCAACAACUAAAUCUGAAUUAGUUUUACCGGUUUUUUCAUCAUCCGGUACCUGCAUCGGUGUUAUGGAUUUUGAUAGUUUGGUUUUAAACGGGUUUGAUGAGGUUGAUAAAGUUAAUAUGGAGAAGAUAACACAUCUAUUAACAGAAAAGUGCGAUUUCAGUAGUCUAUUAUAAAAAUUUCUUAUACAAUUUCCUUAUUUCAAUUAGAUUAUUUAUGCAUUAGGAUUUGGCUCGGUCUCAUUUUCUGGUUGCUGCUUGCGUAAUGGUUUGCGGACAUCAGUUUGUUCAUCGUGGUUAUCUUCAUCACUGGCUUCACCUAUAUCCCAAACUACAUCAUCAUCAUCAUCGUAAUCAUCUUUGUUUUCAUUGUCAUGGGAUGCUUCGACGUCCCUAUUACUUGACCUAACGUUCAAUGGUAUCUCAUCAUUUGUUUGUUCCUCAUUUAUUUCCUCCUGACUCGGUUUCUUCGCUGAAAGUAGGUAGACUCCGCUCAAAAGCAAGAUUGUCGAGAAUCCGAUACACCAUAAUACCCAAGCUCUAAAUGCCAUUAAUUGGUUCAUGAAAA